UUUGGGGCGGGGCCUGGGCCGGGCAGCUCCAAAGGCUGCGAUUUCACAUCGGAAACAAAACAGCGGCUGCUGAGGAAGGAACCUCGGCUGCUGGAGGCCGGUGGCGGCGGCGGGGAAAGGACCUAAUCCGGGAGCCUGCAAGUGACAGCAGCCCGCGAGGUCCUUAGAAAGCUUGGCCUGGAGGAGAACACAUGAAAGAAAGAACCCCAAGAGACUCUGUCUUCUGUGAAAAAGUAUUUCUAUACAGUUGCUCCAAUGACAGAGUUACCUGCACCCUUAUCCUACUUCCAGAAUGCACAGAUGUCCGAGGACAACCACCUGAGCAGUACCGUACGUAGCCAGGACAAAGUCUGAAGUCCCUGGCAUGGCAAACAAGCUUCUUUACAGCCUGUUCCUAACCUUCCUUUCCUGCUACCAGCCCAGCCACCUCAGGAGAACUCACUGGUUUUUCUGCGUAGGCCUGUGCCCCUCUUCGUGUUGUCUCUACCGGGAGCCCAUUCACCUUCCACUCUUGAAGAAUGACAGUAGAGAGCGGCGUGAGCACGGCAGCAACGAGAGGCAGAGGCGUGGCAACUCUGAGUCCUUGUCCAAUGGCCGAGCCCCCAGUAACUCGCAGCAGGCGGUGGAACAGGAGGACGAGGAGGAUGAGGAGCUGACAUUGAAAUACGGCGCCAAACAUGUGAUCAUGCUCUUUGUCCCCGUGACGCUCUGUAUGGUGGUGGUCGUGGCCACCAUCAAAUCAGUCAGCUUUUACACCCGGAAGGAUGGGCAGCUAAUCUAUACUCCGUUUACAGAAGACACCGAGACUGUGGGGCAGAGAGCCCUGCACUCCAUCCUGAAUGCUGCUAUCAUGAUCAGCGUCAUCGUCGUCAUGACUAUCCUCCUGGUGGUUCUGUAUAAAUACCGGUGCUAUAAGGUCAUCCAUGCCUGGCUUAUUAUUUCAUCCCUGUUGUUGCUGUUCUUUUUCUCAUUCAUUUACUUGGGGGAAGUGUUUAAAACCUAUAAUGUUGCCAUGGACUACAUUACGGUUGCGCUCCUGAUCUGGAACUUUGGUGUGGUGGGAAUGAUUGCCAUUCACUGGAAAGGUCCACUGAGACUCCAGCAGGCGUAUCUUAUUAUGAUCAGUGCCCUCAUGGCCCUGGUAUUUAUCAAGUACCUCCCGGAGUGGACCGCGUGGCUCAUCUUGGCUGUGAUUUCAGUAUAUGAUUUAGUGGCUGUUUUGUGUCCAAAAGGCCCACUUCGUUUGUUGGUUGAAACAGCUCAGGAGAGAAAUGAAACUCUCUUUCCAGCUCUUAUUUACUCUUCAACAAUGGUAUGGUUGGUGAAUAUGGCAGAAGGAGACCCAGAAGCCCAGAGGAAGGUAUCCAAAAACUCCAAUUAUAAUGCACAAAGCACAGAAAGUGAGUCACAAGACCCUGUGACAGAGAGUGAUGAUGGCGGCUUCAGCGAAGAGUGGGAAGCCCAGAGGGACAGUCGCCUGGGGCCUCAUCACUCUACAGCUGAGUCGCGCUCUGCUGUGCAGGAUCUCUCCAGCAGCAUCCUGGCCAGUGAGGACCCAGAGGAAAGGGGAGUAAAACUUGGAUUAGGAGAUUUCAUUUUCUACAGUGUUCUGGUUGGUAAAGCUUCCGCCACAGCCAGUGGAGACUGGAACACAACCAUAGCCUGUUUUGUAGCCAUAUUAAUUGGCCUGUGCCUUACAUUAUUGCUCCUCGCCAUUUUCAAGAAAGCGUUGCCAGCUCUUCCAAUCUCUAUCACUUUUGGGCUUGUUUUCUACUUCGCCACAGAUUAUCUUGUGCAACCCUUCAUGGACCAGUUAGCAUUCCAUCAGUUUUAUAUCUAGCAUAUUUGCAGUUAGAAACUCAUGGAUUUUUCUCCUUUGACUAUAAUAAAAUCUGGGGAGGACAAAGGUGAUUUUCCUGUGUCCAUAUCUAACAAAGUCAAGAUUCCCAGCUGGACUUUUUGCAGCUUCCUUCCACGUCUUCCUGACCACCUGCACUAUUGGGCAUUGGAAGGAGGUGCCUACAGAAAAUGGUUUUGAACGUGUCAUUGUGGUGGACUGAGUCCCUCAGUGCAGAAACUACCAGAUUUGAGGGACGAGGACAAAACAAAGUGAUGGGCCAGAAAGUUGCUGUGCUCCCACCAGCAGGUUGAGCUUUGGUUACAGGUGGAUUUUACCAACGCUGCAGACUCUCAGGACUACCAUUACCAAGAGGUUAAAUGAAAUGGUUUAAACCAAACAGGACUCUUCAUCUUAAACUACAUGUUGAAAGUCAACCUAAUAAAUCUGUAUUGAAUUCUGCACCUUUUCGGGAGAUGCUGUAAGGAGAGCAGGCACCAGCAGCAAAAUGAAAAGCUGGAAAGGGGCUCAAGCUUUCAGACUUUUUGCUGCAGACUUACCAGUUUUAAAUAAGACUUUUUCACCUGGGUCAAGUCAGAGGUGUAGGCCGAUUUUGACACUUCCUGUUCUCAAGCACUGAAGCUCAUUACCAUUUGUGGCUGCCAUAUCUUCCCAAGGCCAGUCUGAACUUAUUUGAGGUUGCUUUAUCUUAAAAGUCUAAACCUCAGGUUCCAAACUCAGUCAUUCAUUUCUGGAAAUAAUGAAACUAUAACUCAACGAUUCCCUAUCACCCUUCAGUAAAUUCUGGAUUUUCCACCAAAUUCCUAAUUUUUAGGCAUACUUGUAGGUUCACUUGUCCCCAGAUGCCUCCCUCCUUUCCUCUCUCUCCCUGUACUCCCCUCACAAGCACUUCUAUACAGCGGAUAAGACAGCUCUGUUGUGGUAGCAGGCGAUCUGGUUGUUCUAGGAUUUUGCUCUUUGUGUGGUGCAAAGAUUGUGUCAUGAAUCAGUGCUCUCAGCCUUGCUGUCGUAAUUUCUUCAAUAGCAAAUACAAUGUGUGCCCAAAGAUGGUAGAAUUAAAGAAGAGUGAAAUGGCUGGUGAA